AUGAUCCAUCACUGCCGCUGCGAUACGACGCCAUCCAGCAUCCGGGCUACUCUAUCCCAUCCCAUGCUGCCAGUUACUACUCCUUCGACGCAUCUCGAUAUCCCGGCUUGCAGCAGCCCCGUCUUGAAACGUGGAGGCAGAUUCCCAUGGGCCAAUCGCAAAUCGCACAUUCGCAGCCCCGGUAUGCCCACCACGGAUCGUCCGCCGGCUACCACAUCAGCCCGCAUCGCGCUGACGACGGCUCUCACAACCUGCUCGUCUUCAUGUCGCCCUAUCUUUCAUAUACUGCCACGUACCGGUACGGGUACCGUUAGUCCUUAA